UCCGCCCCCAGAGUCCGAUGGCGGCGGCCGCGCGGAGGGAGCCGGCUCAGGACAGUAUGACCUUUGAAGACGUUGCUGUAUACUUUUCCUGGGAGGAAUGGAGGCUCCUUGAUGAAGUUCAGAGGCACUUGUACCAGGAUGUGAUGCUGGAGAACUUUGCACUCAUAUCCUCGCUGGGCUGCUGGAGUGGAGCAGAGGAUGCAGAGGCUCCCUUUGAACACAGCAUUUCUGUAGGUGUGUCACAGACCAGGACUCCCAAGGCAGGUCUGAAAAAAAGUUAUUUCACCUGGGAAGAAUACAACAAAGCCUUCAGCCUGAAACACACACUUGUUCAGGACCAGGGUGUCCACACUGGAAGACAGUGUUUUGUGUGCUGUGAAUGUGGAAAAGCAUUCAGGUACAAAUCCUCAUUUGUUGUGCACCAGAGAGUCCAUGCUGGAGGAAAGCUUCAUGUAUGUGGAGAAUGUGGCAAGUCUUUUAGGCGGAGCUCAACCCUCAGUCAGCAUCGAAGAAUUCAUUCUGGCGCAAGACAGUGCAAGUGCAGCAAAUGUGGGAAAUCCUUUAACCAAAAAUCUGUCCUCAUUUAUCCGUGGAGAAGUCACACUGGAGAAAAUUGUCAUUUGUGCUGUGAAUGUACACAGUCUUUUCGCCGUAAAUCCAUCCUUAUUCGACAACGAACAGUUAACACUGGAGAAAGGCGUUAUGAGUGUACUCAGUGUUGGAAAUCAUUUAGAAGAAAAUUUUACCUUAUUGUACACUGGCAAGUUCACACUGGAGAAAGCCCUUAUGAAUGCAGCAAAUGUGGGAAAUUUUUUACCAACAGCUUAGUACUUGUUCUCCACCAGAGAGUACAUACAGGAGAAAGGCCUUUUCAGUGCAGUAAAUGUGGGAAAUCAUUUAACAGUAGCUCCAUACUCAUUCUACACCGUAGAGUACACACAGGAAAAAGGCCUUAUGAGUGUAGUGACUGUUGGAAAUCUUUUAGCCAUCCAUUUUACCUCACUCAACACCAGAGAGUUCAUAGUGAAAAAGGGUCUUUUGAGUGUUGUCAAUGUGGGAAAUCUUUUAUCACUCGUCCUGGCCUCCGUUAUCAUCAGAGAGUUCACACUGGAGAAAGGCCUUAUCAGUGUAGUGAAUGUGGAGAAUGUUUUAUUUCUACCUCACGACUCCAUUAUCAUCAGAAGUUUCACACUGGAGAAAGGGCUCAUCAGUGCAGUGAAUGUGGGAAGUCUUUUUCAUCUGGUUCCAAACUCGGUAAUCAUCAGAGAGUUCACACAGGAGAAAGACCUUAUGAGUGCAGUGAUUGUGGGAAAUCCUUUAUCCAAAGAUGCCAUCUUGUUAGACAUCAGCGAGUUCACACAGGAGAUAGGCCUUAUGAGUGCAGUGAAUGUGGAAAAUCCUUUAUCCGAAGAUCCAAACUUCUUAUACACCAGCGAGUUCACAGAGGAGAGAGGCCUUAUGAGUGCAGUGAAUGUGGGAAAUCUUUCACCCUUAGGAGCACCCUUCGUGAUCAUCAGAGAGUUCACACUGGAGAAAGGCCUUAUGAGUGCAGUGAUUGUGGGAAAUCCUUUAUCAUAAGAUUCAAUCUUGUUGUGCACCGGAGAGUUCACACAGGAGAGAGGCCAUAUGUGUGCAGUGAAUGUGGGAAAUCUUUUAGCAUUAGGAGCACCCUUCGUGAUCAUCAGAGAGUUCACACUGGAGAAAAGCCUUAUGAGUGCAGUGAAUGUGGGAAAUCCUUUAGAGUAAAUUCUCAUCUCAUUCAACAUUGGAGAUUUCACACUGGAGAAAAGCCUUAUAGGUGUAAUGACUGUGGGAAAUCUUUCUCGUCUCCCUCGAGCCUUCGUUGUCAUCAAAGUAUUCACACCGGGUUAAGGCCUUAUGAGUGUAUCGACUGUGGGAAGUCAUAUGCCAAUAGCUCAACACUUAUUCGACACCGGACAAUUCACACAGGAGAAAGGCCUUAUAAGUGUGGUGAAUGUGGGAAAUCUUUCAGGCGUAGUUCACAUUUCAAUGAACACCAGAGAGUUCAUACUGGAGAAAGAGAUUAUGAGUGCACUGAAUGUGGAAAAUUGUUUAGGGAUGUUUCCCAACUCAAAAAACACCAAAGAAUUCACACUGGAGAAAGGCCUUUUGAGUGUAGUGAAUGUGGGAAGUCUUAUACCAAUAGCUCAACACUUACUCAACACCGGAGAAUUCACACAGGAGAAAGGCCUUAUGAGUGCAGGGAAUGUGGGAAAUCCUUCAUGAGUAGUUCACAUUACAAUCAACACCAGAGAGUUCACACAGGAGAAAGGCCUUAUAAGUGCAGCGAAUGUGGGAAAUCAUUCAUGAGUAGUUCACAUUACAAUCGACACCGGAGAGUUCACACAGGAGAAAGGCCUUAUAAGUGCAGUGAAUGUGGGAAAUCGUUCAUGAGUAGUUCACAUUACAAUCGACACCAGAGAGUUCACACUGCAGAGAGGCCUUUUGAGUGCACUGAAUGUGGGAAGUCAUUUAGGUACAGUUCCCAAUUCAGUAAACACCAGAGAGUCCACAUUGGGUAAAGGCCUUAAGAGUGAAGCAAAUGUGGGAAAUUCUUUAGCUAAAGUAUUAUGUUCCUUCUAAAUCAAUAGUUCACAGUGCACCGUGUGCAAUGAAUGUGGAAUAUGUUUUCCAAAAACUCCAGUCUCAUCGAAUACAGGAAAAUUCACAAUGUAGGACAUCCUUAUGCUGUACCAAAUGUCAUAAAUCAUUUUAAAUUUAACCCUUUUAAUAACUUUGUUGUGCUAUUUCAGUGUUUUUUUUUUUUUUUAUUGCAUUUUCCUAAGGAUUUUUGAUAAGCAGGUUUUCAGAUGUUUAUUUGCUCUCUGUGUUUUUGGUAAAAUGUCUGUCGAUAUCUUUUGUCUGUUCUUUUAUGAACUUUGGUUAUUUUCCUUUUGUUUGAUGAAUAGGACAGUGAAGCAACAAAGAUGUAUGUUGGAAUUUCACUCAUUCUCAAAUACGUGCAUGACUUCCUCUUUUAAUGGAAUAGUUUUCAAUACUGGAAGAAUAUAUUCUAAUUUUUAAAAAUAUCUUUUGUGCUAUGCACAAUGUAAUGGACAUAUACACCAUAUUUUUUACAUUAAUCUGCAUUGUUAACAUAUUCUCCAUCUGUUUCUUAAGUCUAGACAUUCAAUAAUAAAAUAAUGUCUUGC